AUGUCUGGCAGAAGUUUGGUUUGGGUGUUUGCCAGUGUGACAAAGAUACACAACAUUAUUCCAAAAGUGCAGGGUUUGGAUCAGGGCGAGAGCGUUUCCCUCUGGCGGCACUUUCAUGAUGGAGAGAGAUGGAAACUGUGUGAGCUGUUAGAGCUGUUAGAGCUGUUAGAGCUGUUAGAGCUGUUAGAGCUGUGUGAGCUGUUAGAGCUGUUAGAGCUGUGUGAGCUGUUAGAGCUGUUAGAGCUGUGUGAGCUGUUAGAGCUGUGUGAGCUGUUAGAGCUGUUAGAGCUGUGUGAGCUGUUAGAGCUGUUAGAGCUGUUAGAGCUGUUAGAGCUGUUAGAGCUGUGUGAGCUGUUAGAGCUGUGUGAGCUGUUAGAGCUGUUAGAGCUGUGUGAGCUGUUAGAGCUGUUAGAGCUGUUAGAGCUGUUAGAGCUGUUAGAGCUGUGUGAGCUGUUAGAGCUGUUAGAGCUGUUAGAGCUGUGUGAGCUGUUAGAGCUGUUAGAGCUGUGUGAGCUGUUAGAGCUGUUAGAGCUGUGUGAGCUGUUAGAGCUGUUAGAGCUGUGUGAGCUGUUAGAGCUGUUAGAGCUGUGUGAGCUGUUAGAGCUGUUAGAGCUGUGUGAACUGUUAGAGCUGUUAGAGCUGUGUGAGCUGUUAGAGCUGUGUGAGCUGUUAGAGCUGUGUGAGCUGUGUGAGCUGUGUGAGCUGUUAGAGCUGUGUGAGCUGUGUGAGCUGUUAGAGCUGUUAGAGCUGUGUGAGCUGUGUGAGCUGUUAGAGCUGUUAGAGCUGUUAGAGCUGUUAGAGCUGUGUGAGCUGUUAGAGCUGUUAGAGCUGUGUGAGCUGUUAGAGCUGUUAGAGCUGUGUGAGCUGUUAGAGCUGUGUGAGCUGUUAGAGCUGUUAGAGCUGUGUGAGCUGUUAGAGCUGUUAGAGCUGUUAGAGCUGUUAGAGCUGUUAGAGCUGUGUGAGCUGUUAGAGCUGUGUGAGCUGUUAGAGCUGUUAGAGCUGUGUGAGCUGUUAGAGCUGUUAGAGCUGUUAGAGCUGUUAGAGCUGUUAGAGCUGUGUGAGCUGUUAGAGCUGUUAGAGCUGUUAGAGCUGUGUGAGCUGUUAGAGCUGUUAGAGCUGUGUGAGCUGUUAGAGCUGUUAGAGCUGUGUGAGCUGUUAGAGCUGUUAGAGCUGUGUGAGCUGUUAGAGCUGUUAGAGCUGUGUGAGCUGUUAGAGCUGUUAGAGCUGUGUGAACUGUUAGAGCUGUUAGAGCUGUGUGAGCUGUUAGAGCUGUGUGAGCUGUUAGAGCUGUUAGAGCUGUGUGAACUGUUAGAGCUGUUAGAGCUGUGUGAGCUGUUAGAGCUGUGUGAGCUGUUAGAGCUGUGUGAGCUGUGUGAGCUGUGUGAGCUGUUAGAGCUGUGUGAGCUGUGUGAGCUGUUAGAGCUGUUAGAGCUGUGUGAGCUGUGUGAGCUGUUAGAGCUGUUAGAGCUGUGUGAGCUGUUUGAGCUGUUUGGGAUAAACUUGUAA